AUGAUGAAAACAAACCGAAUGAAUCGAGAAUUGAAGGCUUUUGGUGAGAAUCCACCGUUUGGAAUUUCAUGUUGGCGAUCAGAAAACAGUACAGCUGAACUUGAAGCACAAAUAUUGGGAGGAGAAGGGACGCCAUAUGAAAAGGGAGUUUUUAAGCUUGAGAUAGAUGUACCAGACAAAUAUCCCCUGGUUCCCCCUAAAGUUAGAUUUAUCACUUCAAUAUACCAUCCAAAUAUUGACAAUGCUGGAAGAAUUUGUCUGGAUAUAUUAAAGAUGCCCCCACAGGGUGCUUGGCAGCCAAUGUUAAGACUAAGUACAGUUUUACAGUCAAUUCAGUUAUUAAUGGCGGAACCCAACCCCGAAGAUCCCCUCAUGACUGAAAUAGCUAGUGAGUAUAAAUAUAAUAAACCAGCUUUCAAUAAACAUGCUGAAGAAUUCACCAGAAAAUUUGCCAUGGUUUGUAUAUUUCUCUAUAUAUUUGGGCUAAAUGGUUUGGAAUUUUCUCUUAUUCCAACAUUUUCUUCUGUACCUUUGAGUUCUUUUAAACACAACUUCCGACUAUCAUUUUCCAUUCACAUGCUACUUGGUUUGCUAAUGAUUAAAAUUGCAAUACUGCCUUGA